CCUAUAUUAAGAAACACCAUCUCUCCUUUGUCAUCAACCUCCAUGUCCGAUAUAUAUCUAACAGAGAAGUAACUCAAAUUUUAAUUUUCUAGUAGACUAGUUUUUUUUUUCGUGGAUUAUUAUCUAAGAAGAGAGAAAAUGUUGGGAAUUUUUAGCGGAGCUAUAGUAUCAUUGCCGGAAGAGCUGGUGGCCGCCGGCAGCAGAACUCCGUCGCCGAAGACAACCGGAGCGGCUCUAGUUAACAAAUUUGUCGAGCAAAAUCCAUCUGUUGUGACCGUACAAGUCGGAGACAAUGUGCAGCUUGCCUACACCCACCACAAAGAGAGUCCUCUCCGGCCAAGGUCAUUUGGGGCUAAGGAUGAGAUAUUCUGCUUGUUCCAAGGCUCACUUGACAACCUAGGAAGCUUGAAGCAGCAAUACGGGCUUGCUAAGAAUGCAAACGAGGUUCUCUUGGUCAUUGAGGCUUACAAGACUCUCCGUGACAGAGCUCCAUACCCUGCCAACCAUGUAGUGGCUCACCUAAGUGGCGACUUCGCCUUUGUGGUCUUCGAUAAAUCAACUUCCACUCUGUUUGUAGCUUCUGACCAAGAAGGUAAGGUUCCAUUGUAUUGGGGGAUAACAGCUGAUGGGUAUGUGGCAUUUGCUGAUGAUGUUGAGUUGCUUAAAGGUGCUUGUGGAAAGUCUCUUGCUUCUUUCCCUCAAGGCUGCUUUUACUCGACUGCGUUAGGUGGGCUAAGGAGCUUUGAGAACCCUAAGAACAAGAUCACUGCCAUUCCUGCUAAAGAGGAAGAAAUUUGGGGAGCCACCUUCAAGGUGGAAGGAGCAACAGUUCUUGCAGAUUGAGAAUGGAAAACCUUCAAUAGCAAAAAAAUAAAAUAAAAAAUCAUGUAUUGAAAACAAGAAGCUGUUCUGUGAGUUCUUUAAGCUAUCAAAGGUUGGUGAUGAUGUGUGUAGUGUAGUCUUGUCUCUCUCUUGUCUUUUGCUUCUUUGUAUAGCCAGUGUCUGUUUCUUCCUGUUUCAACUGUAUUCGUCCUAAAUAAGUUCUCUCUCUAAAAUCCAAAAAACACCACCUUCUCUUGA